UAUGGAGUGUAUACUUUAGCAGAGUGAAGUUUCCUUUUAGCACUGAUUUUGGAUAUCUUCUAAACAGUUUUGACGAGUUUAUGAGCCAGGUCUGGCUUUAUUGAGGAUGUGAGUGACUGAAGAGUGAGUCAGGACGAUGAAGAAACGACACAGCUGCUGACGUCGCCGCGGUUAUUUCCUUUAUUUCACAGGUCAAUCUGUCGGUUGUUUUUGUGGAGGAGCUUUGACAUGUAGCUCCUCAGUUCGCGGGAUGUGCGCGUGGUCUUCAAGUGUCUCUACAUUCCGGGGAACUUUCUAACUAUCUCAACUCUCGACUGAGUCUUUUUUUUUGUUGUUGUUGUGGCUAAAAAUGUUGGAGAAGCUUUCACGUUAUUUCACCACGGAGGGUGAACUUUACCAUGGGAAGAGUCGGUGGACCUCAGCGGCUGUUGCUGUGAUCCUCCUGGGUCUGUUUGCUUCAUCUUGCUGGGCAGAAGAAGCAUCCUGUCACGGAGCAUACGACCUCUACUUUGUUUUAGACAGGUCUGGGAGCGUUGCUACCAACUGGUUCGAGAUUUACUCUUUUGUGAAGAAUCUUACGGACAGAUUUGUGAGCCCCAGAAUGAGAGUCUCCUUCAUUGUUUUCUCAGCCAGAGCAGAAGUCCUGCUGCCUCUGACUGGAGACAGAAACGAGAUAGAAGCGGGUCUGAAGCGCCUGCAUGACGUGACGCCAGCAGGUGAAACAUACAUGCACGAGGGACUAAAACAGGCCUCCGCUCAGAUUGAGAAACAGCCGCCCAAGUCCUCCAGCAUCAUCCUGGCUCUGACCGACGGGAAACUUGAGGUGUACGUGCACGACCUGACAGUGAAACAGGCUGAUGAAGCGAGGAAAUACGGCGCCCGUGUUUACUGUGUCGGUAUCAAGGACUUUGACGAGCAGCAGCUUGCUGAGAUCGCGGACACCAAGGACCAAGUGUUUCCUGUCAAAGAUGGCUUCCACGCGCUCAAAGGCAUUGUCAAUUCUAUAUUAAAGCGAUCGUGCACAGAGAUUCUGAGCGUCGAGCCCUCCAGUAUCUGUGUGAAUGAGUCCUUCGACAUCGUCCUCAGAGGGAACGGCUUCGCCGUCGGCCGCAGCAACGAAGGCGUCGUCUGCAGCUUCAUAGUCAACCAGCAAACCUUCAAUCAAAAGCCGAGCGCAGUGCGUAAUGAUUAUCUUCUGUGUCCUGCACCGAAGCUCUAUGAAGUGGGACAGACGAUGGACGUUCUCAUCAGCCUCAACAACGGCAAGUCCUUCAUCUCCAGCGCCUACACCAUCACCGCGUCCACCUGUUCGAAUGGUCUGGCGGUGGCGAUCGUCUUCCUGGUGCUGCUGAUCCUCGUGGCUCUGGCCCUCAUGUGGUGGUUCUGGCCUCUCUGCUGCACGGUGGUCAUCAAAGACCCGCCGCCACCUCCUCCACCUUCCCGUCCUCCACCACCUGAGCCUGAGCCGCUGCCCAAGAAGAAGUGGCCGACUGUGGACGCCUCUUACUACGGAGGAAGAGGAGCCGGAGGGAUCAAACGCAUGGAGGUGCGCUGGGGUGAAAAGGGCUCAACCGAGGAGGGGGCCAGGCUGGAGAAAGCCAAGAACGCCAUAGUGUCCAUACCGGAGGACGUGGAUGAGCCGAUGAUCAAACGUCCCACCCCGAAGGCCGCGCCCUCCUACCAUCAGAGAGAGAACAAAUGGUACACUCCCAUCAAGGGUCGUCUCGAUGCUCUGUGGGCUCUGUUGGGGCGGCAGUAUGACCGAGUCUCCCUCAUGCGUCCCACCACUGCAGACAAGGGUCGGUGUAUUAAUUUCAACCGUGUGCAGCAUCAGUAGAAGAGAAGGACUACUGUGUGAAAACCAGCAUGUGCUGAUCGCUGUGGACGAGACAAGAAGAGAAGAAUUUCAGGUUUUUUGUUUUUUGUGAGAUGUGUAAUCCUGCAGCUAAAACCACUAUCUGUUCACGCUGCUUCACUCGAUGCAUAAAAUUUCUCCUCUGGUUCUCUGCUUGCAGACCUUUGAGGCACACAGGGUGAGAUGUUAAUAUUAACUUAUUUACUACCUUUUCUUUCAACCGAGUCCCUCCCCCUCUUUUAUUUUGUUUGUUUUUUUGUUUGUUUUUUUAAUAAGGAAAGUAAAAGCAGAAGCUCGGGCGCCCCAGACCUCAGCGCUCAGACUCAGUUAGCUUUCCGUGCUCACCAAAGACUUAACAUAUUCUGACCAUAUUGUGCCUUCUGUGAAAAACCAAAUUUCACGGACACAGACGGAAGCUAUCUAAAGAAAAAAAAAAAAAAAAACAUGGAGGAAAAAUGGGGGCUGUUUGCCUUUGGCGUGGAAGUCGGAAUAAUCCCAGUGGGCCUCACAAGUGCAGAAGCAAUGUCUCAUCGCGAAUCCUCUCCAACUUCAGCAGAGCUGGAUGCCUGGCGGCUGCCCUCUGACUGGCUUAUCUUGUCAUUUUAACACUGAGAAGUGCACACGCAUGACAAAUUGUAGACAGGAUGCCCCAAGGUAUUGGAAGGCAUCAAGACUUUGCCCUUUAGUUUUGUAAUUUUUUUUUUUUUUUUUUUUUUCUGAAGACACCUUCUUUUCAUUAUGCGCCCGGGACAAGGAAAUUAAUAGAGCGUUAUUCGACCGCAGGACAGCCUCCUGACCAGGAUGAUCUCCAGCAAGGUUUGAGGGAUUGAUGCCUUUAAGACCUUGACAUGGCGCUUGGUGUUUUUUGCCCCUGUUUUCAGCACAGUCUGCUCUCUGCUCAGCAAGGCGUAGCACAUCACUGCCCAUAAACAGGCCCAUCAGUUAAGACUUUUAAGAUAUAGAUCCAGCUGCCCCGACGCCCCUCUGCCCACCGCCUCAAAUCCUCCGAGGGGGGCUCCCCGGCCGCGUCACAACUCACUAGUUCUCUCGGCGCCAGAAUAUCAAAGUUUAAUUAAAAUAAUUAAAGGCAACAGCAAGCAGCAGCCUGUGAAGACUUGGCUGUCUCUUUUUUAUGCCUUUUGACAUUGAAUGACCUAUUACCGCGUUAUUCACAGGAAAAAAAAGGAGGACACCGCGCCGCGGUGACGGUGCGCCACGUCCAAAACGCAAACCCAAAGCAACGGAUGCGAUGGACGGAUAAGUAUUGUUCAUUUCCAGAAAUUAUGCUUACCCCCCCACCCCCUACCCCAAAUCCCUCACCCCAAAAAGCAGAGGAUAUAUAUUUAUAUAUAUUGUGGAUUUCUCAAGCGCGCUGUCAUGACGCCAAUCCCAAAUGAUGUUAGUGUGAGCGGAAACACUGUGGGGGAGGAAAAGGGGGCAGCAGCUGAAGAAAAAGGCUCGAAUGAUCCAGUCACUUCGGAUACCGUACUUCAGAUGCGAAAUGGAUAUUCGAGUCGAAACCUGACAAAGCGCGCCGGCUUUGACGGGAAGCGGUAUAGACAAUGACCAGUGGCUGGGUCAGUGGGAUGUCUCUGUGCAAGCAGGGAAGCUUAUCAAAUGACACUAAAAAUAAGUUCAACAACCAUCAAGUUUGAGGGGAAAUGGGUGAGCGUCUCACAUUCACGGUGGGCAUCAGCGCGUGCACGAGAGGCAGGGCGGCGCGCCACACGGCGGUCUAAUUAUUCCUUUGUUUCCUCCUCGUCCCGAUCGGAGGGACAUAAAUAAUUCCAAAUCAAAUCCUCGGGGGGUGCACUGGUAUUUAUGUCCGACUUAAACACUUUUAGCCUCUUGCAUAAUUUUGCAGGCUGAUAUUUAAUAGGCUCAUCAGCCUCUUGCUGGUGGACGAGGAUGUUUUAGAUCUUGUCGUCUUUAUGUUACAACCAGGAGCACAGGAAUGUUAUUAACCCGAACUAAUGAGAUAUUUACGCAGCAGUCACAACACAAGUCUCCCUGCUAACAACACGUCACACGUCCCCACUGUGUCCUCGCCACACGCCGUCACACACCGUGCUAUUAUUCAUUUUACAACCUGCUGUUGUAGAUAAAUUUUUUUAUUUUAAAAAGAUCAUUUUUUUAAUUUGUUGCUUUUUGUAAAUUGAUGAUUUUUGUUUUUCUGCACUUGUUAAAUGAAGUCAAUUUUUAAACCAUUUAUUCAGUUCAGCCACGUUUUUCAACUUUUAACAGUUUAAAUGCAACUUAAAUUAAAAAGUCGUCACAAUUGUUGAUAUCCCUUCGUGUCAUUUUGCUCAACAUUUCAGCCAAAGUGUAGCUUUAAUGUGAUUUGCAUGCACUACUUCCUGCUCAGUACGUCGCUGUCGGCUCUUUUCAUGUGCGACAUUUGUAAUUUAUCAUUUUAUUAUCUUUAUGAUUGUACAGUUUUUAACCUUUUUUUAUAUUCACGUAGCACCUUUACAGUCCAGGUUCGAGUCACACAAGCUGCACAUGUGUGUGAGUUGCAACCGAAAUAUCAAAAAAUAUCUUUCUAUGCAAAAGCUUUUUUCUUUUUUUUUAUGAGUUUUACACUGUUUUUUUUUUUAGAAAAAUGAUUCCUGUUACUGUUUUACACUGCAGUCUGUUGUGUCAAAUAUACAUUCAAUGAAA